AUGGAUCAUAAUAGCAUGGACUUCAUGUCCGGCCCCGUGGAUGAGUCCCUGGACCUGUUCAAAGAGGACGAUGCCUUCGACAUGAUCAACGAAGUUUUGCACCCGGACAUGUUGGAUAAUUUCCUCAACGAAAUGGACCUGGAACAGGCGCAAAUGUACGAGAACAUUCUGCGAAUGGAUGAGCCUCAGCCCAUGGUGCAGCCACAGCAGCAGCAGCCAUUGCAGCAACAACCGCUGCAUGUUAAAAGCGAGCACUCUUCGCCAGUGCACAUCAAGGAGGAGCUACAACUUCCCUUCUAUAAAGCGGAUCCUCUGAUGACCGCCAGCUAUAAUUUACUUCAGCAACAGCCUCAGCCGCCGCAGCAGCAGCAACCUCAAACGCCGCAGCAGCCGCAGCAGCUGGUCCUUAAGGCUGCCCAGCCUACCACUACUAUACACCACAUGGAUGCCACUAGGCUACCGCCAAAUACCCCACUCUACACCUCCCCCCUGCCCAGUGGCUAUGUUUACCAGACUUCUUCACCGCCCACGCCACCAGCCGAGUCGACUCCGCAAAGAAUCCAGGUCCAGGCCCCUUCCCCAUUGCCAUUGGUCACGCAACCAAUAGCACAACCUUUCAUCAUGUAUACUCAGCCCAUCACCACUAAUCCGACGAUUUUGACGACCGCAGAGCAACCUAUGACGGUUCUGCUAGAGAAGACCAUGGCCACAACUGUGACCAGUCCCAAGCCCUCACCGCCCAUUGCACCGAGCAACGGCAACGGGAGCAGACCUAGCAAGGGGAGAGUACUUUUGGCACCGUCUCCAGCCACCGAAGCCACCAAUCAAUCGGUGGCCGGUAAAGUGCCCAUCAAUAGGGUACAGCCCAAGGUGAAAGAAGUGAAGCGUUCGGCCCACAAUGCGAUCGAGCGUCGUUACCGCACUUCGAUCAACGACAAGAUCACCGAACUAAAGAAUCUAGUGGUGGGGGAUCAGGCCAAGCUGAACAAGUCGGCCGUGCUGCGCAAAUCCAUUGACAAGAUACGAGAUCUGCAGCGUCAGACGAGCGAGCUAAAGUCAGAGCUGCAGCGUUUGCAGCGGGAGUUGAUGGCUCGCGAUGGCUCCCAAGUGAAGGAUCUACUUCAGCGGGAAACGCGACCAUGGCCCGUCCGUGGUGGCUCGAAGAAGCGUCGCGAGAGCUCACUGACAUCUACCACAGAUGCUGGACUAACUCCGCCGCGUAGCGAUGUCUCCGAUCCCUCUCUCUCACCUCUGCACUCGGACAUUUCCCUGCCGCCCUCACCAUACGGAGGAUCCACCGCCAGCUGCAGCAGUGGCGGCGACAGCAACUGCAGCAAGGAUGAUCUUCUGGUGGUGCCAAGCUCUAUGCGGGGCAUGGCCACCCACUCGCGCUUGGGGCUCUGCAUGUUUAUGUUCGCGAUUCUGGCAGUGAAUCCCUUCAAGAGUUUUCUCCACGGCGGAAACCAAGACGAGGAUAACCUUGGAGGGGAGCUGAGCCGUCAAAGGCGCAUGAUUCUUUCCUACGAUAUGGAUGGUGGCUAUGCCGGCUGGCAGCACAGCUCCUGGCUAUGGCUACUGAAUUUAACGCUCAUGUUGGGUUGCCUGGUGAAGCUCUUGGUUUACGGUGAUCCCCAGUUGGAUGCUCAGACGGAUGCCUACUGGCAGCACAAGCAGCGAGCGGAGGCAGACUUUGCCGCGGGUCAGGGAGCCCAGGCCUAUGCCGGCUAUCUAAACUGCCUGCACAUGUUCGGGCUGAGCCUGCCGGCGACACGCUUGGAGUGCUAUUUGCAGACCACCUGGCAGUUCUUGCGGUUCAUCUUCCACAGACUAUGGCUGGGCCGUGUGCUAUCGCGUCGCACCGGAGGCCUCUUUUGCAAGGCUGCCAACCGGAAACAGGCUCUGUCCUCGGCCCGAGAGCUGUCCUUGCUCUUCAAUCGCCUCAAUCAAUUGCAUCUGACUGGACAUGGUAACGGCACGGACGGCAAUGGCAUAAUGAUGGCCCUCUAUGCCAGCAAUAUGGCCGAGGUGGCACACAAUCUAUUGACGCCGCGCGAGACGAUCUGCAUACAUGUUAUGACCGCUCUCCGUAUGAAGCGCAGUGCACCCAAAUGGCUGCAGUCACUUUUUGCCCUCUACUACAUGGGAAGGGCGCGACAGGAGUGCGGCCGGACUCGGGCUGCCGAACAGACGCAGGAACUGCGCUGGGCCUUUAGCGCCUAUGGCUUCCGUUAUUGCAGCACCCAUGACUUUAGCUACGAUCUAAGCGACUCUGGCGAACAAGAUGGCUUUUUCACCAGGCUACGAAACGCAUGUGAUCCUGCUGCCUAUGUUAUCAAGCAAUAUAGGGAACAUCUACUGUUUAAGGCCAUUGAGUGUCUCGUGGGAGCUGGACACAAGUCGGCGGCAGGACUUCCUACUGCCGGCGGUGAAGUGGAACUGCAGCAGCAACAGCACAGCGGCACCAUAGUCAGCAAUGUCCUCAAGUAUACCUCCCUGCUGAGGGAAACCCUCUGGGCCGACGAGGACGAACGCGAUACGAAUGUCGUUUGGUGGGCAAACAUCUUGGAAAUUGCCGUGCACUGGCUCCUUGGCGAGGACACACUGGCGGAACAACUAUACGACAGCAUCAAGCAGAUUCCCGUGCAGCUGGAACCAAAUAACGACACCAAUCAUCUGCCCAAAGCCCUUCAUGCGGCGCUCGGUGCCAAGAUGCUAUUGCUCAUGAACAAUGGCAACACUCCCGACAAACGGCUCAAGAGAUCGAUCAACAGUUUGUGCGAUGACGCCAGUGCACAGCUGCAGGAAUGCUUGACCGUCAACCGGAUCACCAAUGCCAAAGGCAUUCAGCUGCUAUUCCAACUGCUCACCUGCGAUUGGCUUCUGGAGACGCUGACUGCUUUGUGGGAGCUAGAGCAUAUGAAUGUCGAGGAUGAUGGUUACUAUCAAGUGCCUGGCGAAGUGCUCGAAAAGUUCCAAGCCGGAUUGAAUUCCUUGCGAAGCAUUGUUGAGAAUAUACCAAACGCCCAAUCGAGAAUUUAUUUGUAUGAGGCCGUUUGUCGUCUGAUGGCCGGUGCCUCGCCCUGUCCCACUCAGCAACUGUUGGAUAGGAGUCUACGCUCGCGCUAUGCCCAUUCAUCCAUAUUCUGUGGCAGCAAGGAUCGGCGGCAUCAGAACUUUGAGGGUGGAGAACGAGAGCGCGCCUCUGCCAUGUACGUCGCAUGCAAAUAUCUGCCACCAGCCCUGUUGAGUUCGCCUGGAGAGCGUGCUGGCAUGCUGGCCGAGGCGGCCAAGACACUGGAAAAGGUGGGCGACAAGCGCAAGCUGAAGGAAUGCUACCAACUAAUGAAGUCGCUUGGCAGCGGCAUUGGCAGCGUCAAAGCUUAGUUUAAAUAAGAAUUAAAUUACACCCACAUUUACUAUGUUAGUGGAUUUUUUUUUGCACAUUUCACCAAGGAGCCUUGCGCAGACCCUUUCCCACAUUUUCCCCUCCUAAUUGUGCUAGAAUGUAACUGAAAGUAAUUUAACAUGCAUUGCAAAAUUAUAUUUGUUUAAUAUUUACAAUAAUCACUAAACAUAUAUUUAUGUCAAUAAAUAUUUGAAGAGUUCUCGUCUCGAGUCUUCAGCACUUAACAACUUAA